AUGGACUACCCCAACCUCAAGCGGAGCGCGGUGGCCGGCGACCUCCCCGAAGACCCCUUGGCGGAGAUCCUCGCGCGCGUUCCCAUCAGGUCCCUCUGCCGCUCCAAGUGCGUUGCGAAGACCUGGCGCGACCUCAUCGAAGAUCCCUUCCACCGCAAGAAGCUCCCCCAAACCCUACAAGGGUACUUCCUCAUUACACGGGACACCUGCGGGCCGCAUAUCGGUUACGCCAGCCUGCUUGCGAGACCUGCGCGUCGCCAAAUCGACCCUAGCCUCUCCUUCCUGACGAAAUUGCCCGGGUUUGAGAGCCUCACCUUCUUGGAUUCCUGCAACGGGCUCCUCAUCUUCGAGCACAUGGAGAAGUCAUUGGGCUACGUCGUGUGCAAUCCCACCACAAAGCAAUGGGGGGCGGUUCCCAGAUAUGCCCCUCCACCUUGUUCUUCUUCUUCUUUGAUGUAUGAUACACCUAUGUAUUUGGUAUUUGAUCUAGCUGUCUCAUCUCACUUCCACCUGGUCCAGUUUGUGUGGGGAUGGGAGGAGCUCGAGGAGCGGUUUGUGGUGGAUGAGGAGUUGUCUACAUCAGUGAAUGUCUACUCAUCUGAAAGUGGUCAGUGGAUUCACAUCGAAAGUGGCUGGUUCACACAUGGUUUGCAAAAAUGGCAUCACCUGGGCUCCUGUUGUGCUGUUCUCAAUGGCAUGCUGUAUUUCAUAGUCUAUGGCAAUUACAAAGCUGAUCAGAUUGCUGCUGUUGAUGUACAAGAAGUGACACGAAAGAUCAUCCCAGUGCCUAUUAUGGCUGGGACGAAGCGUUGGCCAAAGCGUGGUUGUGUUGCUCAAUCCCAAGGGUGCCUUCAUUACAUCAAUAAAGCAGCUGAUGCUCAACUGUCCAUCUGGGUUCUUGAGGACUAUGAUACACAAAAAUGGGUCUUGAAGCACAGUGUGAGCUUUAUGGAGCUGUUCGCAAAAUUGAGUCAUCAGCAGAGCCACAGAGGCCGCAAAAAGGACUACAGUGUGGUGGCCAUGCAUCCAGAUGCAAAUGUGAUUUUUAUUGUUCAAGACUGGAACCAAAAACUGAUAUCAUACGACAUGGACCACAAGCUAAACUUGGAUUGCAGUUUCAAUGUUCAAGUGUUUAAUGCUUCAAAUGUUGUGUUCUGUGUCAAGAAUGAUAAUUAUGUUACAAACUGCCUUGCUUUUUAUGGCCUUGUUAGUGAGAAGUUACUGAUCGACUGA